AUGGCGUGGGCUACUGAAAAGGCAAACACAUCGCCGGACCUUCCUCAGCUGAGGAAGCACAACAUCACUUUCGAUUUCAUAACGGCGGACACACAUUGUGAUAUCGGACAGGGUCUUUAUCAGCUUGUGGAGUUGAAUCCGCGUGUGAAUGCAUAUAUUGGCCCUGCAUGCGACGCCGUCUGUCUCCCGGCCGGUCUCCUGGCGGCAAAAUGGAACAAACCGAUGAUCAGCUAUAGCUGCUCGUCGCGGACACUCAACAACCACACGGCGUACAAGACCUUCGCACGCACCACCGCUAUCUACGUUGACAUGCUGAAUUUCUUGGUUGAUAUACUGCAUCAUUUUAAGUGGGACAGAGUUACACUCGUGGAAGGAUCAGAUUUGCUCUGGCACGAGACGGCAAUAUACUUUCAGGAAGGCUUGGAGGCCGAAAACAUAAAUACCGAAAGCAUAAUCAUUUCUUCGGAAGAAACUCACGAAUCACUGCAAAAACGUUUUGUGCGAUCUUCGAAAGACGCUCGCAUAUUCAUCCUCUGCGCUUACGGGCUCGACGUCUACCACACAAUGUGUGCCGCCGAGUCCGCGGGUCUUCUGGACGGCGAACACGCCUUCAUAGCCAUCGACUUCGCCCACCUCACGAAUAGCGCCCGAACGGGACGCCCCUGCCGCAUGAAUAAGGCGCUUGAAGGUCUUCUGGAUAUAACAAUCAGAUUGGACGAGGAUUAUGCCGGGUACCAGGAAUUUAUGCAUGAACUGAAUAGACGCACAAACGUCAUGCAUGGUGCUGAGGUCGGCAUCCACAUGGGAAUGGUCUACGACGCCGUGUUUCUGUACGCUACUGGCCUUGACGAAGCUAUUGAGCACGGCUUCACUGUACACAACGGUUCAGAAAUCAUCCGACGGAUGCUUACACGCUCGUUUCAGGGCAUAACCGGUGAAGUGCAGAUAAAUAUCAACGGCACGAGGAAGGCUAAUUUCACGUUGCACAACAUCCAUAUGCACACGUACAACAGCGUCGCUUACGGCACAACAUCUCGCGGCGGCCUGGAGUUUGUCGACGGCACGCCCAUUUAUUGGCCCGGGGGUACCUUAAACGCGCCCCUGGGACGGCCAAUCUGUGGCUGGAGCGGGGAGUUCUGUGAGAAAGAUGAAAACGGAUAUACUGUCGCAUUCACAGCGUCGUCUGUUGUGUUGUUGUUCGUCAUUUUACUCUCAGCCGGUCUCGGUACUUACUUUUACAGGAAACGAAGGCACCAGGGUAUGAUGGAAAGCCUGAGUUGGAAGAUACCCUUUGAUGACAUACAUUUCAAAGUGAAAGUUAAAGGAAGUUCGUUUGGCAGUUUAGGGACAAUUAUGUCGACGAGAUCCAAAUCCUCAAACACCCUCCGAAAGUCAAAAAGCAAGAACAGCCUUGAGUCCGCUAUAUCCAGUCAGGUCUUCACGAAGAUUGCCAACGUCAACGGAACAAUAGUCGCCGUCAAGCAGAUAAACAAGCCCUACACUGCCGUUACGGCUAGCCUGAUACGGGAGAUCAACGAGAUUCGUUACCUAAGUCACCGGAACAUUAAUCCCCUAGUUGGGGCCUGUGUAGAACCACUGAAGAACUGCAUCCUUUCUGUGUACUGUCCGAAGGGGAGCCUUCUCGAUGUCCUAGAAAAUGACAACAUUAAGCUGGACAGGAUUUUCAAGGUCUCUUUUGCGACUGACAUUGCUAAGGGGAUGAGUUACUUGCAUGCAUCCGAUGUCAAAAGCCAUGGGCACCUUAAGUCAUCAAACGUGUUUAUCGACCCCCACUGGACUUGCCGGAUAGGCAACAUCGCUAUGCCCAUCUUCCGAGACGGGGAACGACCACUGCACGAUAGUGAAUUCAACAAAAAUUACCAUUUUUUGAAAUUGUUAUGGACAGCACCCGAGUUGCUUCGCGACCAAAAUCAGAGCGUCCGAGGCUCCCAGAAGGGUGAUGUGUAUUCGUACGGAAUCAUUUUACAGGAAAUCAUACUGAGAUCCGGUCCAUAUUCAUAUAACAAUCUAGAUCCCAAAGAUAUUCUUCAAUUUAUAAUCGCAAAGCAAACGCCCCCUUUCAGGCCGGAGGUACCGACAGAAGAAACAAUACCGGAACUCGAUGACAUUAUGCGCAUGUGUUGGGAAGAGGUUAAUAUGUUCCGCCCGACCUUUGAUACAAUAUUGGAAUUGUUGAAGAAAUUGAAUAACGGAAAGACAACAAACCUUGUGGACCAGAUGGUUCACAUGAUGGAGAAGUACGCUGACCACCUUGAAGAACUCGUUAACAGCCGCACACAGGAGCUAGAGAUAGAACAGAAACGCACAGAAGACCUGCUUUGUAGAAUGUUACCCAGGUCGAUAGCGAACGACCUGAAGUUGGGAACGAUGGUCGCGCCUGAGACGUACGACAGCGUCACCGUCUUCUUCUCCGAUAUUGUCGGAUUCACGGCUCUUUCAUCAGAAAGUUCCCCGAUGGAGAUUGUUACCUUUCUGAAUGAUCUGUACACGUGUUUCGACACGAUUAUUGAGGACUACGAUGUAUAUAAGGUGGAAACCAUCGGCGACGCCUACAUGGUGGUGAGCGGCUUACCUCAGCGGAACGGUAACAAGCACGCUGGCGAGAUAGCGACAAUGGCUCUCGAUCUUCUCAGCUCCGUGACCACGUUUAGAAUACGGCACCGACCCGAGAAACAGUUGCAGAUGCGGGUUGGAAUACACAGUGGUUCUGUAUGUACGGGUGUGGUGGGACUGAAAAUGCCCCGGUUUUGCCUGUUCGGGGACACAGUAAACUAUGCUUCAAGAAUGGAGUCAAGCGGCCUUGCUUUGCGUAUUCACGUGAGCCCCCAGUGUAAGACCAUUCUGGAUCAGCUGGGCGGGUACUACUUCCACUGCAGAGGACCAGUGGCUAUGAAGGGCAAAGGCGAGAUAACGACAUUCUUUUUGCUCAGUAAAGAAGGCUUCAACAAACCAUUGCCGGACCUCAAACUUGCGGUUCCUAUAGAAGCGCAUGAGUUUAAAUAA